CGCUCGACCGAGGUCCUUAAUGUUUCUCUCUUUCGUUCAUCACCGUUUUAAUUCGAAAUUUCGAUCUCCUUUUGUGCCGGCUAUAUGAAAACCACCUUCGCGACAAAAAAAAAAUUAAUAAAUAAAUAAUAUAUCUUCCCAGUGUUAAAAGUGACUUGUGUGGAGCAAAUAAAUUGGGAACUUUAUUUUUUUUUUCCCAUAAAAAAAAAAAGUGUGUCACUAGUGUUUUUACAAAAAGAAGAAAAGAAAACGGGGCUAUACAAAAAAAAUUUCACACGGGAAGAAAAAAGAAAUGGGAGAACAACUUGGCCAUCAUUGAGAGAUGUGAAAACAAAAAGAAAUUAUUCCUGAGAGAUGAGAGAAGAACCAAGGGUCAAGUGGCUGUCUUCGAUUUGGGACCAACGGUAGCAGAGCCUAGAUCAAGAUGAACCUGAUCAACAUGGACGCGGAGAACCGCGUGGUUCUAAACGUGGGUGGAAUAAGGCACGAGACAUACAAAGCCACGUUAAAAAAAAUUCCAGCAACGAGGCUAUCGAGAUUAACCGAAGCCUUAGCCAAUUAUGACCCAAUUCUCAACGAAUAUUUUUUCGAUCGACAUCCGGGUGUAUUCGCACAAGUUCUCAAUUAUUAUAGAACGGGCAAAUUACAUUAUCCAACCGAUGUAUGCGGUCCAUUAUUUGAAGAGGAACUUGAUUUUUGGGGCCUUGAUUCCAACCAAGUUGAGCCAUGCUGUUGGAUGACGUAUACACAGCAUCGAGACACGCAAGAGACUUUGACAGUAUUGGACAGGUUAGACCUCGAUACAGAAAAGCCAAGUGACGAGGAACUUGCCAGGAAGUUUGGAUUCGAGGAGGCCUACUACGAAGGUACUCUAACGUGGUGGCAAAAGCUCAAACCAAAAAUGUGGUCCCUUUUUGAUGAACCUUAUUCCUCAAAUGCUGCCAAGAUAAUCGGCGUCGUAUCAGUGUUCUUUAUUUGCGUGUCGAUUCUCUCGUUUUGCCUAAAGACACAUCCGGACAUGAGGGUACCAAUAAUUGUCAAUAGAUCAGCAAAAGUUGGCAACGAAACAAAAUGGGUAUUGGACAAAACACAUACAAAUGCACACGAUGUAUUCUUUUACAUUGAAUGCAUUUGCAACGCAUGGUUUACACUUGAAUUUCUCAUAAGAAUCACAGCAAGUCCAAAUCGUUGUGAUUUCAUCAAGAGUUCAGUGAAUUUAAUCGAUAUGAUUGCAACAUUAAGCUUUUAUAUUGAUUUGGCAUUACAAAAAUUUGCAUCACAUUUGGAAAAUGCCGAUAUAUUGGAAUUCUUCAGUAUAAUUAGAAUAAUGAGAUUAUUUAAAUUAACAAGACAUUCGUCGGGUUUGAAAAUUUUAAUACAAACAUUUCGUGCCUCAGCUAAAGAAUUAACCCUCCUGGUGUUCUUUCUGGUGCUCGGCAUCGUCAUCUUCGCGAGUCUGGUUUAUUAUGCCGAGCGUAUUCAAUAUAAUCCAAAGAAUGAUUUUAAAAGUAUACCGCUUGGUUUGUGGUGGGCGUUGGUCACAAUGACCACCGUCGGCUAUGGUGACAUGGUGCCAAAAACAUAUGUUGGAAUGUUUGUUGGCGCCCUCUGCGCUUUGGCCGGCGUACUCACAAUCGCACUGCCAGUGCCCGUGAUCGUCAGCAAUUUUGCGAUGUAUUACAGUCACACGCAGGCGCGAGCUAAGCUCCCGAAGAAGAGACGUCGAGUUCUACCAGUCGAGCAACCCCGGGUCCGUGCACCUGGGGCUCCCGGGGGAGGUGGAACUGGAGGCGGUGGCGGCGGUGGUGGUGGUCCACUUGGUAGUGGACCACAAGCCGCCCUCCUACCCCCAGGAGCUGGAGGAUGCGGUGGAACAACGGGCGCACAAAAUCGUAGGACAAAUGCCAUUAAGACCAAUCAUCCUAAGGAUCCGUUUGCCAGUAAAACAGAUGACGAUAGGAGGAACUCAAAUCUACGGACCAACGGGACCAAGACAACCGGAGGUUUGGGGUAAAAAAAAUAAAAAAAAAAAAAAAAAUUGAAGGUACCAAAAAAGAAAUUUAUUCUCCACUGCCGAGUUUCCUCGACUGAAUUUUCAACAAUGAAAAAUAAGGGACAAAAAAAAUAAAGGAGAACAACAAUAUCAUAUACAUUAUAUGAGUAUUAGUGAGGACAUUGUGUAUAAAAAAAGGGGGGGAGGAUAUAAUCGACAAAAAAAAAAAAAAAAAAAACCGCAAACAGAUUAAGAAAAAGACGAUCGGACCAUCUUCGAUCCUCCCCAUGUUAUUCUUUGACAUUUACACAUACACACACGUGUAAAUCGAAUGACUUUAUCAAUCACCAUCAUAGCAUGUUACGCACCAUCUCCUGACUAUAUAUAUAUAUAUAUAGGGUGUCACUCAAAAAGCUAAUUUUCCAUCAUUCAAAAAAAAAAAGUUGACAAGAAAAAAAUACAAAAAUAUUCCCAAAUUAUUGAAUGUGUUUAUUCUGUUAAUAAUAUAUUUAUAUAAAAAAUCUCAUCGAUUUUGGAAUAUUUUCUCAACAAAAUAAAAAAUAAAUCUUGUCACUUUUUUUUUUUUUGUCUCCCAAAAGUAGAUCAUUAAAAAUAAUUUUCCCAUUGAAAACAAAAAAAAAAAAUACAAUUUUCAAAUUAACUUUCACCCAUAAUUUUUGGGUUUCCAUGUACAAUUUUUUUGUACAUUGUAUAAUAUUAUUGUAAAAUAAAUUUGUACAGUGCUAGAGUUGAAAAAUAGUACAUAUUAUUCUAUAGACAUAAAAUAUUAUUAUUAAUUAAUAAUAUUAAUCUUCGACAUACACUCAUUUUAUACGAUUCAGAUAACAUAUCACAGCGAUUUUUUUCUAAAAAGAAAAAAAAAUACUCCGAAUUAAAAAAAAAAGUUUUGUUUUUUUUUGAAAAAUAAUUUUAGCUACAAAUUCGGAGUCAAUUUUUUAUCAAUAUUUCAAUAUAUAUAUAUAGUGAUUUUAAAUAUUGUAAAUGACAAAAACUAUAAUCGCAUCGAAAAAAAAUAUAAACUGUUAAUAAUAUAUAUUAUAAGGGGGGGGGGAAGGGGAAAGUGAGGAUAUUUGAAAAUGAAAAAAUAGUUUGAAAAACACAUAAAAAAAAGGGCGGAAGAAAGUGAGUGCAAAAAAAAAAACCAAAAGGGAAGAGAGGAAAAAAAAAUGUUUGAGUGGCACCCUAAUCGUCUCACUGCCUUUGUCCAACCUACGCCCCCUCACAAUCACUCUCCUCUAUCGCUCGUGUACAUUUUACCCCAUCUCCAUUGUGCCCCGCCACACACCCCCUUCUUUUUUUUUCAAGAAGCCACGCUUCGAAAAUCGUCGCUUAACCGACUUGUUAAAAAAAAAAAUAAAAACUUUUUCUAUUGUGCGAAAAACGCAGGAAAAAAAUAAGACACAAAAAAAAUGAAAAACAAAAACAAUAGUAAAUAAAAAAAAAAAAUAGAAAACAAUACCAAAAAUUAAUUUUACCUAAUUGUAUAUAAAAAAUCGGAAAAAGAAAUUUUUUUAUAAAAAUAUUAUUAUGGAAAAUUAAAAAAAUCUGUUACAAAUGUUGCGUGUGAUAAAGAAAAAGCGCGCCUUUUUUAAAGUCUUGACAAUAAAUUGUAAUUGCAUUUUUCUAAAUAUAUAUAUAUGUAUAGUCGUGGUAAAAAAAAAGAGAUUUUCGAAACGUGGCCGUGAAUUUUUAUUACAAGCACACACAACCCCCCCCCCCACCCCCCUUGAUGCCGCCGGGACCAAUCAGCAGCCUUUCCUAUAUAGAACCUUUCAUAUUCACAAAACAUACACACACGAAUACAUACACAGGCCGCGAGAAGGAAAAAAAAAAGUAAAGUCUCUCCCUGACGUCCAAUCAUGUUUACUUCCCUUGGCAAAAAAAAAAAAAAAAAAAAAAAAUACGAAAAAAAAUAAAAACAGCUUCCAUGAAAAAAUCCAUUAUCAGUUAAUUUAGCGCACACCUCGAAUGUGAGAAUUAAUUUCCGGUCAAGUUUUUUUUUUUUUUUCUUCGAACAAAAAUAACGAGAGAGAAAAAAUUUUAAUUGUAUUGAGAAAAUAUUAUUUUAUAAAUUUUUAAAUUCUAAUUUUUCAUUUAAAAAAUUAUUUUUAUUUUAUAUAUUUUUAAAGAACUUUUUUAGUGGACAAUUAAAAUUUUUUUUACCUCUAAUGUCCACCCUCUUCCCUAUAUUAAUUUUUUUUAACAAUACUUUACAACGUUUUUAAGAAAAAAA